UAUUAUGCCCCCUUUCAGCCUACCAGAGUGAGAUUGAGUUCUGAGAUAGCUAAUUUUUAUUUUUCCAGUGAUUCAUCAAUGGCAACAGCGAGGACUGUUAAGGAUGUUUCGCCACAUGAUUUUGUGAAGGCUUACGCAUCCCACCUCAAGCGUUCUGGCAAGAUGGAGCUUCCUGAGUGGACUGAUAUUGUAAAAACAGCCAAAUUUAAGGAACUGGCUCCAUAUGAUCCAGACUGGUAUUACGUGAGAGCUGCCUCAAUGGCAAGAAAGAUUUAUUUGAGAGGUGGUCUCGGUGUUGGUGCUUUCCAGAGAAUCUAUGGUGGAAGCAAGAGGAAUGGAAGCCGCCCACCACAUUUCUGCAAGAGCAGUGGUGCUAUUGCCAGACACAUUCUGCAACAGUUGGAGAUCAUGAACAUUGUUGAGAUUGAUACUAAAGGAGGUAGGAAAAUCACUUCUAGUGGUCGAAGGGAUCUUGACCAAGUUGCUGGGCGAAUUGUGGUUGCUGCUUGAACUUGUUAUUGAGAACCGAUAAUGCAUACCCUAGGAUGGAUGUUUGCUUAUUAGUAGAAUUGGCAUCAAAGAAAAAUUAAGUAUUGUUUGCUGAGAAUUUUAUAAUUUGUUUUGUUAAAUGUUGAAGCUUUUUCUAGUUUGGAGUUGGAGUUUUGAUCUUUAAGGUUUUGAUUCAAGUUCUCAAUGUGUUAUCUUCUCCAAUCCCAUCAUUAUAUUGAACCUCCCUGUUCAACA